GUGGAAGUGGUCAUGGAUCUGGAAGGUGCAGUCUGAGGAUUUUUGGUGAAUUUCUGCAAUGCAUCUUGUAGAUCUUGUACACACUGCUGCUACUAAGAGUCGGUGAUGGAGGGACUGAAUGCUUGUGGAUGUGGUGCCAAUCAAGCCGGCUGCUUUGUCCUGGAUGGUGUCAAGCAUCUUGAGUAUUGUUGGGGCUGCACUCAUCCAGGCAAGUGGGGAGUAUUCCAUCACACUCCUGACUUGUGCCUUGUAGAUGGCGGACAGGCUUUGAGGAGUAGGGAGUUUUUUCAAAAGUACUGAUAUCACAUCCAGGAAAUGGACUGUGAUCCCCAAGAUCUGAAGGAGUCAAUGUUUAAUAAUUUCAGUGACGUUGCAGAUUGGGAAGAGAGAGACUUUGCUGGGGCAGAGGUGAAGGAUAUGAGAGUGGAGGCGGAGGCAGUGGUCAAUGAUGUCAACUUUGCUGUUCGUCACAUGGCUGUCUCGAAAAGCCUCCCAAUUGGAGAAGAUGUUGCCUACAUUAAUGUAGAAACAAAAGAAGGAAACAGAUACUGUCUUGAGCUAACUGAAGCAGGACUCCGGGUGGUAGCUUAUGGCUUUGACAAUGUGGAUGAAUCGCUGUCGAUGCAGUACCAUGAAACCAUUUACUCUCUCCUGGACUCACUCAGCCCAGCAUAUCGUGAUGCAUUUGGUAAUGCACUUCUGCAGAGACUCGAAGCUUUAAAAAAAGUACAGGAAUGAAAGGCCUAAUUCUUGCUCCUUGUGGUUACAAUUCUCAACGAUGUUUUCUUUGGCUGCAUAAUGUUCUGCACCAAACAUACAGGACAAGAGGUGACUCUCAUUCCGCAGAAAGUUGGUGAAUUGUUUGUUUUUUUUCCAUGUUUACACAGCAGUGUAGUUGGGAUCCACAUUGUUGGAGAAUUUCAUACCUCCUCCUCACUCCUACAGAGAGAGAGGAAGGAUGUUUGUAAGUUCCAUUACUGUAAUAAACUGCCAUAGCCCCUUUAAGAAAUCAGUCUGCAUAAUUGCAGCAAUGAUGUUAAAGCACAGGCAACAGGAGAGUGCCUGUGACCCAUGGCUAUGUAAAGGGCAAUGGACAUUGUUUAGGGCUCUUGGUGAGAGAGAAGCAAGUGACCCUAGUGUUCAGAUCAGACCAUCAUGUGCUUCUCCCAGCUUUCUCAUUUAAAAAUGUUGCUUCAUUUUACACAUUGUACUUUGACUUGUUAACUUGUUAAUUUAGAAAGAACACCUUCCUGUGCUAUUAAAUUGUGAAAUACAGGUCAAACCCCUGGAGUAACUCAAAUUCCAAGGUGAAAAAAGAAUUCUGCCGUUUCAAAAAAAGUUAAUGUAUGUUUUACGAAAAAAUAAAAUAUUUUGGACACAGUUUA